UCAAGCAAGCCGGGCUGUGCCCGGAACCCGUGAGAAAGAAUCACCGAAUACAAAUUCCUCGGCAUCUCCGCAUCUUUUCUGAUGCUCUCGCGCCCUCUCUCUGUCGCUUCCUCUCUAAUUUCUGUCUCUCCUCGGCGUUUCGGGCCCCCGCCACCUUGAAAGUCUGUACUUUUUUGGCUGGCGUUAUGUUAUAUACGCGCUAGUUGCAGCCCUCGAUCCGCCGAGAAAAGAUCUGCACAUUUGUUGUCCUCGCCAUUGGCGCUAGAUGCUUGGUGGCUUUGGAACUUUUCGAGCCCCUUCGAUCUCGGCUUUUACGUAAAGCCGGAUCGUUCGAAGCUCCGGUUUUCUCCGCCCCUCCAAGGGCCCUUCAAAUAGAGGACCGAUUUUGAAGGAAUUCCUGAUCUGGGUCUUGUGCCUCGGCUGGUGGUUCUUCUGUAUUUGAGAGAUUAUUAGGAAUUCUUGCGCAGUCUCGAUCGGAGGAUGGCAAGAAAAAGGUUCCAGAAAUCGGAAUUGUCUUCUGAAACGAUGGAGAGCCAUCAGCAGCAACCGUCCACGAAUGAAGGAAAAGGGAAGAGGUUGUGGAAGAAGGUGAAGUAUCAGCUUGUGGAAUACCACUCUUUGCCCGCGUAUUUGAGGGACAAUGAGUACAUUGUCGGACAUUACCGAGCCGAGUGGCCUUUGAAGCAAACUCUGCUCAGCAUCUUCACCAUUCACAAUGAGACGCUGAACGUUUGGACCCAUCUGAUUGGAUUCUUCGUAUUUCUUUCCCUCACCAUAUAUACUGCUUCUAAGGUUCCAAAUGUUGUGGAUAUCCACUCCAUUCAUCUCCCUGAUGUACUGAGGAAGGCUGAUCUACACAAAAUUCAUGCAGAACUGAUGACAUCUCUCCCUUCCUUGCCUAAUAUGCCUGAUCUGCACAGGCUUAGGGAAGAGUUGAGGACUUCCUUGCCUUCCAUGGAUUUGUUGCCAUCAUUAUCUGGCUGGCAUGUGGUGGAACUUCUGUAUAAUUGUUUGCCCGAGCGGUUCUCCCACGAUCACACUGAUGUUUGUGUUCUGCGGAGUAUGAAGGACGAUGUGCUGAACAUGAUAGCUCCACUCGUGACCAGACCCAUUACACGCUGGCCCUUUUUCGUGUUUAUGGGUGGGGCGAUGUUCUGUUUGCUGGCCAGCAGCACAUGCCACCUCCUAUCGUGCCAUUCUGAGCGCUUAUCAUACAUCAUGCUCAGACUCGAUUAUGCUGGAAUCGCAGCUCUUAUAGCCACAUCAUUUUACCCGCCCGUAUAUUAUUCGUUCAUGUGCGAUCCCUUCUUCUGCAAUCUUUACAUGGGAUUCAUAACCAUUUUGGGUAUAGCCACUGUCUUGUUUUCCCUCUUGCCAGUCUUCCAGAACCCGGAGUUCCGCACAAUACGGGCUUCGCUGUUCUUUGGGAUGGGAUUCUCCGGAGUAGCCCCUAUCCUGCACAAGCUCUUCUUGUUCUGGAACCACCCUGAGGCUCUCCACACUACUGGGUACGAGAUUCUGAUGGGAGCAUUCUAUGGCAUGGGAGCUCUUGUUUAUGCCAUGAGGGUACCAGAGAGGUGGAUGCCCGGAAAAUUCGACAUUGCAGGACAUAGUCAUCAACUCUUCCAUAUAUUGGUGCUGGCAGGCGCGUACACACACUAUCGUGCAGGUUUGGUUUAUCUUAGAUGGCGGGAUCUGCAAGGAUGUUAAACCAGGGAUGAGGGAGGGGAUGGUGCGUUAGUAAAAGAGGGGAGCUCCGUAUAUAUUUUACUUCUGUCGACGAUUUCUCUGUAAAACUACGCAAAACUAAGUGAACAUGUAAACCCGGGAGUUCCUUUGUUUCAAGCAAGUACGCCCAAAAAAAAGGGAAAAAAAGUAAGCACAAGUAGAGUCUUCCAUUCUGUAUUUGGUUUUGUGUCUCCAAGUGAAUGUGGCUGUUCUGUUUAGCAAGAAAUUGUACUUCUUCACCAUGUCAAGCAUUAUUUUCUUCCGUGUGAACAAGAAUUUCUCUCUC